ACACAUCGUAGGUGUGGCAUAAACUUCGUGCUUUCAAAGUCAUCUGCUGAACAGGGAGUCUGGCGAAGACGCUGGUCACUGUCACUGCCCACAUGGCUCGUGUCUUUGUGUAUGGCACCCUGAAGAAAGGCCAGCCCAACUACUUCAGAAUGACAGACGAGAGGAACGGACAUGCUGAGUACUGCUGCGGCGCACGCACCAUUGAGAGGUUCCCGCUGGUGAUUGCAGGCAAAUACAACAUCCCCUUCCUGCUGAACAUCCCAGGCGUGGGCCGGCAGGUCGAGGGGGAGGUUUACUGUGUGGAUUCCCAGAUGCUGCAGUUUCUGGAUGAGUUUGAGGGUUGUCCUCACAUGUACCAGCGCACAUCGGUGGAGCUGGAGGUGAAACAGUGGGCGGGAGAGAGCACACCAUCUGGGCAAUCAGCAGAUGCACCAAGAAGAAUGAAAGCCUUUGUAUAUAGCACAACCACCUACCAGCCUGAGUGGAAAAACCUCCCCGUCUAUGAAAGUUACGAUGCCUAUGGCGGCCAUGGCCUGCUUUAUAUUGAUCGUCAAUCUAGAGAUUAAAUUAGGGUCAACACCUUAAGCAUUUAGUUCAGUCAUUUUUAAUCUUUAGGUGAUAUAGUAAUUUAUUAAGCAAAGGGCCAUAGAAAAUUACAUAAUGUCAUUGAAUUUCCCUGACAGUUUUUCCAAGUUAAUUUAUAGGAGGUGAAUAGGUUAUGAUUUUUGAACCCACAAGCUUUGUGCUUUUAGAAUAAUGACUUGUUGAGCUAAAGGAGCAAUCAUCUUACUGCUGCUGGAUCUUGGGUUAUUGGGUCUGCUUUUAAUGUCAUAAGUAACUUCUAACAACAUUUUAACCCAUUUAGUGGUUUAAGGAACUGAGGUGGCCAUAUUCAAGGUCUGAGGCCGUGAUUCAUCUUAGACCAGACACCAGUCCAUCAGCGUACAUAUAAAUGCCCUAUUUUGAGGAAUUCAGAAACGCGUGUCCUACCUGGACUGUUACAAACGCCAACGCAUAGCCCAAGCCUUCUUCAGCGUAUAAUACAAAUGAACUGAAGAAGGUGUGUAUACAUGCUCACUUUGUGUGUCAGGCCAGAGCACAGGUUCCUACAAUCAGUCAAAGAGAUGCAGCAACAAUACUAAACCCCCGCUUAGGCAGUUAGGACAUGUCAUUAUAAUAAAGGUGUCUUAAGGGGUGGAGAGUUUUUCUCUGUUGUUUUAUGUGCAUUAUGAGGCGUUGAGGUAUAAUGUUACUAAAAAGGCUGUCGGUGACUGUGACUCUGAAUCUGAACAAUCUGAAGUUGUUGAUCAUAUCUAUUACAUCCGCUACAGUGAAGUAAGGACUCUGCUCUUGUCACUGCAUAGAUAGAGGGAAGAACGCCCAUCUUGAGGAUUAUGGUACGUCUUUCUGCUACCUAUUGGGCUCUGCAGAUAAGAGUGCAGAGUCCAGUUAUGUUAGUUUCAGUUCUAAGAGCUUUGUGAUUUAAGAGCUAAACCUCUCCUCAGGGGCACCUCAGCCAUUUCAUGUAUUCGUUAAAUUCACCACCAGCUCAGUUAAGUCAAUGAGGUAUUGAUUAGCCAUUUGAUAUCUUAAGAUCUAAGAGCUUUUGUGUGGGCAGUGGUGGCUUGAUGGUUAGGGUAGCGCACUUGUAAUUGAAAGAUUGCUGGUUCGAAUCCCCCACCAGCAAGUCACCACUGAGGUACCCUGAGCAAGGUACCGUCCCCAAGCACUGCUCC